AUGAAGGUGUUAUGGCUGGCCGCCGCUGGCCUGCUGUCUUCAGCGACAGCAUACAAGACCAACCAGUACCACUCUGACUUCUCCAACUCGCUAUCUUCGUCGACGCCCUUCUCGAUCUACCGUGACCGACCAGACGACUGCCCACCAUGCUUCAAUUGCAACUUGGACAACUUCCAGUGCCACCAGUACGCCAACUGCACAAAAUCGAGCGGCAAAUGCGCCUGUCCCUCAGGCUUUGGUGGCGAGGACUGCUCACAGCCGCUCUGUGGUUCGCUGCCCGAUGGCCACAACAGACUGCCCCGUCAGGGCCACGAUUGCGAGUGCAAGGAGGGUUGGGAAGGCAUAAACUGCAACGUCUGCAAGACCAACGACGCCUGCAAUGCCAUGAUGCCUGAGGGCGAAGGCGGUGUCUGUUAUCGCGAGGGUCUGGUUGUCAAUGAGAACUACCAAAUGUGCGACAUCACCAACCGCAAGAUUCUCGAUACCCUCAAGGAGAAGAAGCCCCAAGCCACCUUUUCCUGCAACGCCGAUCGCGCAGAGUGCAACUUUCAGUUCUGGGUUGACCAGGUAGAAUCCUUCUACUGCGCCCUCGAUACCUGCACCUGGUCGUCCAAAGCCGAACCCAACCGCAACUCGACGUCGUACCACUGCGAGAACAUCAAGUGCCGAUGCAUACCGGGACGAAUGCUCUGUGGCGAGGCCGACUCGAUCGACAUUGGAGACUUCUUGGAAGAGGACAUCAAGGGCCCCGCUACUUUCUCGUCUGUCUCGACCGAUGGCGGCGGCGCUUCAGAUGGCAGCAAGUUCCAGGAGCCCGCCAUGAACGACCUCAUUUCCAACGUCUUUGGAGACGACAGCAUCACUCUCAAGUGCCAUUCUGGAGAGUGUCUGUAUGUCACCGAUGUUCCUGGCUACGAACGACCCGUCAAGAAGAUUAAUACACCACUCAUUGCCGGCGUCAUUGCUGGUUGUGCUCUGUUCGUCGUCGCUGUCAUCCUUAUCGUCUGGUUCCUCUCGCGCAGAAAGGCAAAGUACGGCCCUAUCCACCUCUCCGAGGACGAGGACGAUUUGAAUGCCGCUCUUCUUGCCGACCACAAACCCGCCAGUCUCUAUUUCGAAAACGUCUCGUAUGCCCUCAAGGGCAAGCAGAUCCUCACAGAUAUCCAAGGUGCCGUUCACCCCGGUCAGCUCAUGGCCAUCAUGGGCGCCUCUGGCGCUGGCAAAACCACCUUCCUGGAUAUUCUGGCAAGAAAGAACAAGCGUGGCACUGUUAUCGGUAACUUCUUGAUCAAUGGAGAGAAAAUCCCCGACAACGAGUUCAGAAGCGUCAUCGGCUUUGUGGACCAGGAUGAUACCAUGCUCCCUACCUUGACUGUCCACGAAACCAUUCUUGACAGCGCCAUGCUUCGUCUGCCCAAGGAGAUGAGCUACGCCUCCAAGUUGCAAAAGGUCGAAGACGUUGAAAGGCAACUCGGCAUCUACCACAUCCGUGAUCAGCUCAUCGGCUCAGAAGAAGGCAAUGGACGCGGUAUCUCGGGUGGUGAGAAGCGUAGAGUCGGUAUCGCCUGUGAGCUUGUGACCAGCCCGAGCAUCCUCUUCCUCGAUGAGCCCACGAGCGGUCUAGACGCUUUCAACGCCUUCAAUGUCGUCGAAUGUCUUGUUCACCUCGUCAAGACAUACAACAGAACCGUCGUCUUCACCAUCCAUCAACCUCGCUCUAACAUUGUUGCACUCUUCGACCAGCUAGUCCUUCUUGCUAAAGGCAGGACCGUCUACUCUGGCCCCUUCGGCAACUGCCAGGCCUACUUUGACAACAUCGGCUACUCUUGUCCUCNNCCUGGCUUCAAUAUUGCAGACUACCUUGUUGACUUGACAAUGCACGCUAGCACCGCUCAUCCCCAAAUUCCUGAGGACAGCUCUAUCUUCCGCCAACCCAUUGGACGCAGUACUCGUGCAAGCAGCGCGAUCGCUGUUAAGUCUGUCCCAAGUGUCUCCAACUUCAGCAUCGAGCAAGGAGGUUCCAUCACAUCCGAUUCUCCUCUGAGACCCAAGAACAGCCGUACUGCUUCGAUCAAGCAGCAGCAAGACAGAGCACUCUUCACGAGGAAGCAGUCAUCACGAGAGCCGCCUGCAACUGCAAGCACCAUUCGCUCUGACGCUUCCUCUCUGGAGAACAGCUUCGAGAACACUCAACAAUGGCUCAAGAUGAGAGGAGUACAACAAGCACACGAUGACCCCAACGGUCUCCCUCCCAACGCUGAAGGAGUCACAAACACAGAUCUUGACAACCUCGUUCAAGCUUUCGCCGAGUCUGACGUCGCUGCUUCCCUUCGAGACGAUAUUCACAAUGCUGUCUCUGAGGCAGCUCAGUCGAACGGUCAUGCUAAUGGUGCGGCUAACGGCGGCUCUGCUCAGCCUACAGUCAAGGGUUACCGCAAGACUGGCAUUCUCGGCCAGUUUGUCAUCCUGUCCAAGCGUACCUGGCGCAACCUCUACAGAAACCCUCUGUUGAUGCUAACCCACUAUGCCAUUGCAAUCUUGCUCGCUGUCUUCCUCGGAUUCCUCUUCUACGGUUUGACCGACGACCUCAAGGGCUUCCAGAACCGUCUUGGUUUCUUCUUCUUCCUGCUUGCUCUCUUUGCUUUCAGCACUCUCACCUCCUUGACCGUCUUUGCUCCAGAACGUCUUUUGUUCGUCAGAGAGCGUGCCAAGGGAUACUACUCUCCCCUGGCUUACUAUGCGUCCAAGGUUGUCUUUGAUAUCGUUCCUCUCAGACUCAUUCCUCCUAUAAUCAUGGCCGUCAUCGUAUAUCCCAUGACCGGUCUUCUACCUACGGCUGCUGAAUUCUGGAAGUUCAUGUUGUUCGUUGUUCUCUUCAACCUUGCUGCCGCGACGGUCUGCUUGUGCAUUGGCAUAGUUAUCAAGAACCAGGGUGUUGCAAACCUGGUUGGUGUUCUUGUCAUGCUUUUCAGCUUGCUCUUUGGCGGCUUUUUGCUCAAUCACGAGACCAUCCCCAGAGGUCUUCGUUGGUUGCAAUCCGUAAGUCUUUGUUUCCAUCCCGAGUCCCAUGACCUCACUGACCCUUGCACAGNNAUUUCGAUCUUCCACUAUGGUUUCGAAGGUCUGAUUGUUAACGAAGUGCGUUACCUCUCACUCAUCGACCACAAGUACGGUCUGGACAUUGAGGUACCUGGCUCGGCCAUUCUCAGCUCUUUCGGCUUCAACGUCCUGGCGCUUUGGAGCGAUGCCGUUGGUCUUGCAGUCUUCUGCGGUGUAUUCUUGGUGUUUGGAUACGUGGCAAUGCAUUUCUUGCUCGUAGAAAGAAGGUAG